AUGAAUAGCACUUUUUAAUAGAAGGAAGCUCUAAUUGAUAUCUUUGUUUCAUUUAAAGAUGUAGGUGCAAAAAUGUUUGGUGACAUAUUAGGAAUAUUUCUGAGGGAGAAAGUUUAAGACUGCAUUGGAUAUCUUUCAGAUAAUAGAAAUCAAAGACUGUUAGAAAAAUCCAUCUUACAAUCAGGAGUAAAUUUAACAUAAUUUGAGGAUGAAUAGAAAUUGUCUGAUGUUAGAUAUCACUUGAAACAAAUUACUGAUGUCUUAAAAAAAAUAAAAGAUCAUGAGUUUAAUAGUAAAGAUUAUUCAAGUUAAGAAAGUUAAGAAUCUAUACAAGAUCUGAUUAAGAGAAUAAAGAAUGAUCGAUAUAUAACAGAAUUAUUGGAAUUUUUAGUUCACCUCACAUCCAUAGAUAACACUUUAAUAUAAUGUGGGUCUAAUUCAUUACAUGUUUUAGUUUAGAUGAAGGCUGACAUUAGAAACAAAAAUUUUUAAAAUAUUAAGAUCUAAAAUACUUCUUUGAUGGGAGCUAAUUUUUUUCUCUGUAAUUUAAGUGGAUCUUAAUUUAAUAAUGUUAAUAUAAGCGGGAUGAAUUUGAAUGGAGCUAUCUUAUUUAAUUGUAAAUGGAACAACUUAAGAAUCGAGGAAAUAAAUUAGUUAAAUGGCCAUUCAAGUAAUGUCUGGUCAGUAUGUUUCUCUCCUGAUGGAAAUACAUUAGCAUCUGGUAGUGAAGAUAAGUCUAUCCGUUUAUGGGAUAUAAAAACAGGAUAUUAAAAAGCAAAAUUAAAUGGUCAUACUAAUGUUGUCAAUUCAGUUUGUUUCUCUUCUGAUGGUAAUACAAUAGCUUCUGGUAGUGCAGAUAAGUCUAUCCGUUUAUGGGAUAUAAAAACAGGAUAAUAAAAAGCCAAAUUAGAUGGUCAUACAAGUAUUGUCAAUUCUGUUUGUUUCUCUAAUUGUGGUAAUAUAUUAGCUUCCGGUAGUGAAGUUAAAUCUAUCUUUUUAUGGGAUGUUAAAACAAAAAAAAAAUUAGCCAAAUUAGUUGGUCAUAGGAGUGGAGUCAAUUCAGUAAGUUUCUCUCCUGAUGGUAAUAUAUUAGCUUCUGGUAGUAAAGAUAAAUCUAUCUUUUUAUGGGAUGUUAAAACAAAAAAAAAAAUAGCCAAAUUAGUUGGUCAUAAGAGUAAAGUGAAUUCGGUUUGUUUCUCUCCUGAUGGUACUAUUUUAGCUUCAGGUGGUGGUGAUAGUAUUGAAAAAGGAGAUUGUUCAAUCCGUUUAUGGGAUAUUAAAACAGGAUAAUAAAAUGCCAAAUUGAUAGGUCAUAGUAAUUUUAUUAACUCAGUCUUUUUCUCUCCUGAUGGAAAUACAUUAGCUUCUGGUAGUUAAGACAAGAUUAUCAAUUUAUGGGAUGUUAAAACAGGAUAAUUAAAAACAAAAUUAAAUUGCCAUAUUAGUCCUGUCUUAUCUGUCAGUUUCUCUUCUGAUUGUACUACAUUAGCAUCAGGUUGCGGUGAUUAGGUUGGAAGAAGAGAUUGCUCAAUCCAUUUAUGGGAUGUUAAAACAGGAUAAUAAAAUACUUAUUUGGAGGGUCAUAGUAAUAUUAUCAACUCAGUAUGUUUCUCUCCUGAUGGUACUACUUUAGCCUCUAGUAGUAGUGAUAAGUCUAUCCGUUUAUGGGAUGCUAAAACAGGAUAAUAAAAAGUCAAAUUAGAUGGUCAUACUAACAUUGUCAACUCAGUUUGUUUCUCUCCUGAUGGAAAUACAUUAGCAUAUGGUAGUGCGGAUAAGUCAAUCCGUUUAUGGGAUGCUAAAACAGAAUAAUAAAAAGCCAAAUUAGAUGGCCAUACUAGUUUUAUCUUUUCUGUUUGUUUCUCUCCUGAUGGUGCAACGUUAGCCUCUAGUAGUCAUGAUAAGUCUAUCCGUUUAUGGGAUGCUAAAACAGGAUAAUAAAAAGCCAAAUUAGAUGGCCAUACUAGUUCAAUCUUUUCUGUUUGUUUCUCUCCUGAUGGUACUACUUUAGCAUCAAGUAGUGACGAUAAGUCUAUCCGUUUAUGGGAUGCUUCAACAGGAUAAUAAAAAGCCAAAUUAUAUUACCAUACUAGUUCAGUCUUUUCUGUUUGUUUCUCUCCUGAUGGUACUACUUUAGCAUCUAUUAGUAAUGAUAAGUCUAUCUGUUUAUUGGAUGCUAAAACAGGAUAAUAAAAAGUCAAAAUAAAUGAACAUUAUGGACCUUUUUCAUCAGUCUGUUACUCUCCUGAUGGAAAUACAUUAGCAUUUUGUAGUCGGGAUUAUUCUAUCCAUUUAUGGGAUGUUACAACAGGAUAAUAAAAAGUCAAAUUAGAUGGUCAUACUAGUACAAUCAUUUCUGUUUGUUUCUCUCCUGAUGGUACUACUUUAGCAUCUGGUAGUUAUGAUAAUUCUAUUCGUUUAUGGGAUACAAAAGCAGGUUUAUAAAAAGCCCAAUUUGAAGAUAAUAAUAAUGUCAACUCAGUUUUUCUCUCUCCUGUUGUAAAUUUAUUAGCAAUUGGUCAUGUAGAUUACUCUAACUUUAUCGAAUUAUAGGAUGUGAAAUCAGGAUAAUAAUUUGAACCAUAUAAUAGCAAUUACAAAGAUAUUUUAGAAAAAUUUUAAACACAAGUAUUUUAAUAAGAUUCUCCAAGUAUUUAUUUUUUUCAUAUAAUUUAGGCACGAUUAUGACUAUUCUCCUAAUAUCCCAAAAGCCAAUAUUUUAAUCAAAAAGAGCUCUAGUUUUUAAAGGAGAAUUUUUUAAUUAUUAAGGAGUAGACCUACGAUAAUUAUUACAAUCUAAGGGAAGUUAUUUUUUGUAAAACUAAAUAGAUAAAUGA